CUGUAAGAUAAGAAUUUUACUCUCUUUAACAUUGUCUUUACCUUCCACUCUUAAACGAAGAUGUAUUCGUUUUUAAAAACAGAUCUUUUCCUCGACUUUUUUGUUUGUGCGAAUGCGAAUGAUAAUGAUGUGUCCGUUAUUUCUGAUGUGCAAAGAAAACUAGACGCAUUAGAACUUCGCCUUGAAAUGGAGAUUAAAAAAACAACAGCUCUUGAGGAAAAGCUUGAAGUAAAAACAAAUGAACUACGAUGGCAAACCAACUAUCUUAAAGAGCAACUUCAUAGGGAAUCACUGAAAAUCCAAAUCCUUUCAGAGAAACUUGAGGAUUUUCUCGGAUUGGGUCAAAAUCGACAAGACUAUCGAACAAAGAGACAUAUAGCGAAUGCAGCAACAAAUAUCGGCUUCUCAGCCUUUCUGACCCAUGACUUGUGGUUGGCCGGUGCUGACCAUACAGUGCAGUUUGGGGGCGUUGUAUUGAACGACGGAAAUGCUUACAACUCAUUUACUGGCGUCUUCACGGUGUCUGUCGACGGGGUUUACUUCAUUACAGCCACGUUGGGGUCACAAAUGGCCCAUCGUCAAUGGUUCAAGAUUGUCGUAGACGGCAGUCUGGUAUCGACCAUUGUUAUUACGCCGUUUGAAGAUUGGAAACAUUCUAUGGGAAGUAAUGUGGUUCUUAUUCGUCUCCGUCGAGGGCAAAGUGUUUGGGUUGCCGUAGAUUCAAACGAAUCAGGUGACUAUCUUCAAGGUGGCGAUGGCGUUCGUGCAUCAAACUUUUCAGCAUUUUAUCUCUACCCGUGAUUGAUUUGUGUUUGUAAACAUCCAACAAUUAUUUUGUUAUUCAUGAUAAGCUAUAUCAUGCACUAGAAAUAACGGUUUUUAAUGUCGAAGAUUAGUAAUAUAAUACCAAUAUAAUACCAAAAUGUGCUGUGCAUGCUUUUGUUUAAAAUUGUGAAAAUGGAAAAUUUCUCAGAUUUCUUGAUAUGUUUUACCUACAAAAACAUGUCACCAUAUUAAGUACAACAGUCUGUAUUCCUUUUAGAGUCAAAAAAUGAACUCAUGGAUCUUUAGGAUACUUUGUUAAAAUUAACACUUACUCGAAAACACUAAUACACCAUGUAACUGUAACACUAAAAAGGGUAAUAUGAUAUUAUCAUUGCAACAUGGAGGCUGACUAAAUUUACAUACCGUUAUUACUUUUAGAGUUUACUUAUUUACUGAAUUAGUAACUUACUUACAAAAUAAUUAAAUUAAUACACAAAUACGCAAUGUGUAAUAUAUUAAAAACGUGCUUACUAUAAAACUCAAUAAAUAAAUAACUUACGUUCGGAUUAGCUUACCAACUAACUUACUAACUAAAUGACUUAUUAACUAACUAACUUACUAACUUGGCAACUAACUUUAUAACUAAAUACGUAAAUAGACACUAUAACAAAUAAAUAAUACAUAUAUAAAUACAUAAUAUCAUUUACACCUAUAAUUACCCUUCGUCUCGUUAAAAUUUCCUAAUGUAUUUACUACCAUCGGUGAUUCAUUCACUCCGUACAGUUACAAUACUCCUUUUUUGCGAAUAAAAUUCAUUAAAUCGUAUUCUGGUUCCAACAAUUCAUUUGUGCCUCUGUAGCAAACCUUAAGUUACUUAUUAUUGUCAAAAAGCGGCUGCAUUUUUUGACGAACAAUAUAUAUCUAUAUAAUUGAGAUCAUUAAAGUCCAUAUCGUAAGAGCGUUGGAAUGCGCCCGCUUUGGGGUUUUAAACAAGAAGACUAUUAGGCUUUUAAAGAAUCUUGUUCAUUCCGGAGUUAGUCCUAAACCAUAAAAUUGGUCAACUAUCGCAGGAAUUCUAGCUAGUAUAUUGACAUUAUAAUUCCACAUGGUCAAUAUGUUCAUUAACGUAUGAAAGUGUCAAAGAAGAUGAGAGAUGCGCAAAUAUAAGGGCAUACCUAUAGUUUUGUUCAACAACUUUCUUGCAGCACAAGUGUCAUGCUUUUUUGCAGAAUAAUUCCUUUCUUUUGGAUGUUCAUUGUGUUCCUCUCGUUACAUUCACUUACUGAUUCGGCAAUCUGUCAUAGUGACCGCUUGCCCUUAUCGUGCAACAGGUCGCUUUAAAAGUUGAUAAUGAAUUCCAAAACAUUUCUCAUAAAUAUUUCUCACAAUAUUUGUUUUCAAAAUGCUGACACAAAUUAGAAACAGUUGAUAUUUCAUGGUUCUAAUACACCGAGAAGAGAUGAUUGCCAACUGAAUCAAAACUUGAACAAUUAGCGCCACUGACAUUUUCCGCCAUCUUGAAUGAAAAACAAUACAACCGCAAUACACAUACGCAAAAAGUCGUCUACCUUAUGUACCUUAUCUUAACGGUUUAACGGUGUUAUGAAACUAGUUGUAUAAUAGCAAUUACGCUAACAGGAAUGGUAAAGCUGAUUUUCCAAAUAUUGAUUUGCAAGAGUAUAAAUAGAAACUUCUUUCGUCAAAAGCAACAAAUGAUAGCCUUGCGUUCUGAAGCCAUAUAGUGUAUCUAUGUGUAAAACAACUUAUUUACUUUUAUCUUUAAAAGGGACUUUUUUUAUUUAAAGAUUUUGGCAUGUAUUGAAGUUUGUCAUUAAAUGCCUUAAAUACAAUUAAAGAGAAAAAAGUAACCCUCAACUGGGCUCGACACACUUACCCCUGGAAUAAAAGUUUAUCACUUAGACCACUCGGCCAUCCGCGUUCAUACAAUGAGUGGUGUAUUUAAUACUUCAUAUAAGCAAUCUUCGUUGUAUCACACAAUGGAGUACUUACAUGGGAAACACACGCAAUUUCAAUAUAAAGAAGUGAAAAUCAAGCUUCUCUUGCAGUAUUGCAUUCUUAUUAAACACAAGUUCAUGGUCCUUUAUUUAUGGCAGUGACCAAAUUCCAAGACAGUACGACACAAUACGAGCAAACAUACACACAUAGUAGAAUAAAGCUGGGGUCUAGCCUUGGAAAGUUCAAUGCAAAGAACUGUGGAUUUAAACCGUUUUUAAAGCGCUCAUAUUUUAAAAGAUAUUUUAGACAAUAUUCAUGAUGUUCUUUGAAAAACAAUUUUCAUUGUUUUGAACGAUAAGACAUUGCUCGAAUUGCUGCUUAAAAAUAAAAAUUGAACGCCAUUUGAGUUUUUUUCUAUCUUACUCAAUAGAUCUGUUGAGCAAUGUAGGCACUUGUGUUCCUCUAAUGAAAUCUUGUCAAGUAUUGCCCUGUACUGCUGUUCUAGUUAUACAUCUAUUUCGACACGAUUCUUUGCUAAAUUUGGAGCAACUUAGUUCGAAACUAGUUCAGUCUAGAACGGUAUCAUAUAUGGAAUGACAAAUGACGUACCGAUUCGACCUUUUACUGAUUAUAUGCACACAGUGUUUUGAAAGCAUUAAGUUUUUGCGUUACAUGUUUUGUUGAGUUUUAGUUGUCAACGCUAUUAUUUUAUAAUUCAAUUGUGAAUGUUUUAUUAAAUCGUCUGUGAUAAUGAGAAAGUACAUUUUGUGCUCUUUGAUGUUUUGCAUGUUUUUUGUUAACAUGUAUUUAUUGUUAGUAUACGUAUGCGGUAAUUUCUGUUAAACGUCCUGUUAAUUUGUUUUUAUCACUCGCAUUGUUGUCCGUAUAAUGUAUUCAUUACGAUUAUUUAUAAAGCUCGCCGACACAUCGGUUACUGUCAAAGUCCAUUUGUCUGUUGUUAAUACAUGAUGCGACAAAACAGCAUGUUUUAUUAAAUUAUGAAUGUUUUUAAUUUUAGAUGAAGAACUGUUUUGUGCCCUUUUUUAUGAGUGGCAGAAAUUAUUUUUGCUCUACACUGAUAACGCAUUAUAUGUUUAGUCAAUGUGUGUAGAUAUGUCGUAUUUAUAGAAAUCAAAUAUAAAGUUACAUUAUGAUUCAACUAAACAAACACUUUUAUACAAAUUGUGUUUUAUUUAAGACAUUUAAAGCAAUAGUGUUUUUUCAAUAUUGAGAAUGAACAUGCAAACAGCUCAUGACAUCAUGCAAAACGUAUGCCAUAUACGUCAUUUAAUAUAUCUAUUCACACUAAACUGAAGAGGCGUAUCUAUUCUAUGUUGAUUUCGCUUGAAGAAGUUACGUUAUGGUAUGAUAAACAGUAAAAAAACAACAAUAAAAAAAUUCAUUAUGUAAAAUGUCAAAAUGGGCACGUUAUUUUAUUCUCAGCGUCACCAGAUAUGUCAGCAAAUUAUAAGGCAUUAACCCCGUUGUCUGUAUAUAUCUACGUGUUAUUGAAAAGAGAGAUCGAAAGUAUUUUGAAUAAAAGUGUUUCUGAUA